UGUCGUUCUUGCUUUUUGAUGAAGACAUUCCUUCCAUCCUCUCGAUUCGAUUACAAUUGCCCUUUUGCGGAAAUCCCAUACCGAAAGAUGCCGUCCACGGGCCAAGCUAGGCAGAGGCAUCGAAAUCACCAUCAGAGCCCAUUCAGACCUUUUCGCAGCACUGGAGGCCUUCAAUCUCCACAUCGCCGACGUCGACCAAUUGGUCUUGCGAGAUCCUUGCAUAGACCCUCGGUCACGCCCUCGUCAGCAACAGCGACUCCCCGGCAUGCAUUUACUACACCUCGUACUCUGUCGCAGAUGCAAUCAGCCGAAGACCUUGGAUUACCACAACCGAAUGAUGACGAUUCCGAGCAUAUUAUCAUGGCCGUCAACAUUGGUCCGAAGAGCAUCGUUGGCUGUGCAUACUACAUAGCUGGAGAAGAAAGGCUUCUAUGCAUGGAGGAGAUUGGUGGCGGAGAUCAUGACUUUGUCGAGAGAUUGAAGAUUGAUAUACAACCCACCACUGUUAUUCUGUCUCCUCGAGCUGACAGUCUGGCCCAAAUCACUACAUCGCGGUCACAGCGACCGACAUCUUUUGUUGCUAGCGGUGAGUUUUGGGUUUUUGACAAGUUACGAGCAAAAUCUUACGACAUAUUCAGCCGAUGAUGAAUUGCCUCUUCCUUACGAAACGGAAAUCCGACCACUCGCGGACUUCAACUAUGAAGGAGCCUUGAAUAAGAUUAUUGCCCUUGCUUCUUCGGGGCUCUUCUGUGAUUCCAAUGGCCAAUUCUUCGUCCCUGAUGACCCAGACUUCUACGAAGAAGAGAAUACCACCGAGAUUGGUUUCACCCAACGAAGAGGAAGGCUGCUUCAGCUCUCGACACGUCUUAAUCUAGAUGACAGAAUGAGUAUUGGCUGUGCCGGAGCUGUUCUCGGCUACCUGCAACGCAAGAGGGCUUCGACAUAUCUGCCUGUCGAUCCUAGAGGUGGGCACGUCUUCCGAGUUGCACUAUACGAGAUGUUCAGUCUCCGGCACACUAUGUAGGUCCACAUGUGUGUGCUCUUCUGUGGAGGCUGACUCAUCGCCAGGCUUGUCAAUGCGGAUACACUCGCAUCUCUGCAAGUUAUUGAGCCACGAGUGGCCGGCUCGGCACCGACCACAGGCCCAACGAAAAGCAAAGAAGCUCCUUUGUCCAUACAUGCUCUCUUCCACGUUCACGCCAAAAGCCCACAAGGAAAGUCCCGUCUCCGUCAAGCCUUUCUCCGGCCUUCACUUGAUGUUGACCACAUCAACUCCAGGCUCGACUUCGUGUCCGUCUUAAUCCGAUCGGAAAAUCAGCAGGCACGACAGGAACUUAGCAAAUGCUUGGGCAAAAUCAAGGACAUGAGGAACACGACCACUCUUCUUCGCAAGGGUAUCGAACGUGGGAAGCAGCAGCCUAAUGCGUUCAAAGGGAGCGUGUGGUUGGCGCUUUGGGAGUUCUGUCGACAUUCCAUUGCUGUUGCAGAAUCCCUUCACGGAGUCAUCGGGGCAGAUCGUCUUUGUCUGUGGUCUCGUGCCGUUGGAGUGCUUGACCGCGGUAGCCUACAAAAGAUAAGUGAAAUGGUGCAUGAGACUGUUGACUUUGAUGGGUCGGCAGAGGCGCAAAGGACAGUGAUUAACUGUGAUAUCUAUCCACGACUCGACGAGCUCAAGCGCAAACAUGACAAACUGGAUGAGGUCCUGACGGAAACAGCCAGGGAGAUCGACAGGUCUCUUGGCCUGAACAUCGAACUCAACGUCAUCUACCUUCCUCAUCUAGGCUAUCACAUCUCAAUCCCUGUGGAUCCAAAUACUCAUGAGCCAGAGAUCAAUUGGCGUGCAUUGGACUGGGAGCAGAUGUUCACGGCCGACAGCCGCGUAUACUUCAAGGACGCUACGAUGCGAGUGUUGGACGAGGACAUAGGCGAUAUCUACGCCAAUAUAUGCGACUAUGAAAUUGAAAUUGCCCAUGACUUGGCGCAGAAGGUUCUCGAGCACGAGAAAUUUCUCAUAGAAGCAUCUGACAUCUGUGGUGAGCUGGAUUGCAACCUGGCAUUUGUUCAUUCUGCAUAUGAGCACAGGUUGACUCGCCCAAAGAUCAUAGAGCACAAUGUCAUAAACAUUGAAAAAGGAAGACACCUGCUACAGGAGAAGAGCGUUCCGUCUUUCGUCCCUAACGACACCUUCAUAUUGGGCGGCGGCGGCGAGGAUGAACACGCUCCGGUCGGACCAAGUAUGCUGCUGCUGACGGGCCCAAACUAUUCUGGAAAGUCGGUCUAUCAGAAGCAGGUGGCAUUGGCAGUCUACAUGGCUCACAUCGGGUCUUUUGUCCCAGCAGAGUCCGCGACUAUCGGCAUCACCGAUAAGAUCUUCACGCGCCUCACCACCAGGGAGACGGUUUCCAAGGUCCAGUCUGCGUUUAUGAUUGAUAUGCAGCAGAUUGCUAUGGCCCUGAAUUCGUGUACGAGGAAGAGUUUGAUAGUGAUUGACGAAUUUGGGAAAGGCACCGACACGUGCGAUGGUGCUGGUUUAGCCGCCGGUGUCUUUCUACAUCUCUUGUCUCUCAACACCCAGGCUCCAAAGGCUCUGGUCGCAACGCAUUUUCACGAGAUCUUCGAAACAAAUUUGUUCGGAACCUUGAAGAAUAUCUCCUUUGCACAUAUGGAAGUACGGGUUGAGAACGCGGACGAAAGAGUGACUGAGCAACAAAGCAGAGUCUCUUAUUUGUACAAUCUCCAACUCGGUUGUAGCGAUCUCUCCUAUGGUACACAAUGUGCAGCAAUGAAUGGUAUCCCCGAAGAAGUUGUUGAACGAGCCUUGGAUCUUUCUCGGCGGGCGAGGAGGGGGGAGGAUCUGGUCUCACAAUGUUCUGCGUUGACCGUGAGCGAGGCAGCGGAACUCGAAGCGGCUGAAGUUGCCGCGGAGCUCUUUUUGGAUCAAAACUUUGACCAACAGAUGACAGAAAACGAGCUGCAGGCUUUGCUGGAUGCCAUGAUAGAGCCGGCCUCGAACGCGACUGAAGAGCUGGACAUUUGAAGGGGUGGUGUACAGUAUGUUCAACUUGAAGGAGCAGGUCCAGUCGCCGCCAAUCCUCUCUGUUUGCCCCAAUUUUGGCAUUUCGAAAUGAGGUCAGGAGCGACGAAGAUAAUGACAAGAGACCCCACCCAGUUCCAGAAAACAUCCAUGAGGUUCUUCCUCACACUGCUGGCCAUGCCUAUGCCCCUCAUCAAAUGUCCCAGUAACAACGUGCUGAUCAUGAAGUCGCCAGCAUCGAGUCGGUUGAGCACAAUCUUCGCAAUCUCGUCUGGUAGUUGUGGCUUGUCAUCUUUCUCAAGCAUGACGGUGAGCUCCGGUUUGAUCUUGUUCUCGUUCUCGAAGCCGGGGGAAAUGAUGCCACAAGGAAAUACGAUAUGGACCGCAACGUCUGCGUCAGGAGCAGGACCAGAACCCAACCGAGAACCAUUGUAGACUGCCACUUCUUGAUUUAGACCGUCGGCCAUGGCCUUCAUUGCGGCCUUUGCAGGAGAAUAAGGCGAGUAGCCGGCGACUGGGAGGAAAGCGAGCGUGCUGCAUGUGAAGACGAUAUGUCGCGUGGGCGGGUUAACGCGUAGCUUGUUCUCUGGGACUGAAGGUCGCUUCCACAGAUUCAAGGUUGCGUGCGCCAUGUAUACCGAGGACCAGUAGAUUGUGUCCAUUUGUCCUCGCAGUGUCUCGACGCUCGCAUCCGCGAGGAAAGCGGGCUGGCAGUUGCCUGCACAGCAGAAGACCAUGUCCGGUGCUUGUCCAUUGUUCCAUUGCGUGACUUGUUCGAUGAUCCUAGGCGCAGACUCGGGCGAUCGCAGGUCAAAGGAGAGGUCGAGGAACUUUUGCUGUGGUUUGAGUGCCUUUGCGCGAAUCGUGUCGACGGCCCUUGCCAGUUUGCCCUUGUCCUGCGCGACGAUCACCACGUUUGCGCCUCUGCUGGAGAGUUCUUCCGCUAUAGAAAGGCCCAUGCCUUGCGAGCCACCUGUGACAAUGGCCGUGAGGCCAUCAGUAGGGAAUUGAUUCUUCCUUGAGAACAGCAUUUUGAAGACGACGAAGCUCAGCGCGGCCACUGCGAGAGUGCUCAGGGACGUAUAUGUGAGACUAGUACUCAUUUCUGGGAGCGAAGGGAGGAUCAGGAGGAGGGAGGAGAGAGGAUCAAAGCCUUGCCGAGUUUAAGGCGCACCGUUCGUCAGGGGAAGCAACUCGCAUCUCACGUAUUCGUACUGCGUGUGUAUUAGGGAAUGUAGAAGUACGUCGAGAGGUUCUAUAGAUGAUCGGGCCAAUUGAACAUCUGGCUAUCUGUAAGUAAUACUGCAG